AUGAAUCACUAUCAUUAUCUCUGUCUUCAAUUGUUACAAGCUGGCUAUCAUCAGACAUUUGUGGAGUUGAAAAAAAUUAUGAAACUUCAGAAGGAACUACGCCACCAAGCGGGGCCGGCAUCUGUCCUCUGGAAUGUGACCUUACUCCGUGAUCGGAAAGAUCAAUUACAAUACUUGGUCCGUCAUCUGGUCUAUUCGGAAGAUGCAUUACACAUGAAAAAUUUCGAUCGAAUCUACCGCAUGUAUUUGAGCAUUGCAAAUUAUUUCCACGCGGAUGAGAAUGACCGAUGGCUAGUGAAAUAUUUUUUGUACCAAUGCAACGAGGUGGCUCAUAACACAGUUCGCAUAUUGAAAAAUGUCCGUGCCACACCGGAAAAAGCGCGCACGGAACAGUACGCGGUGUACAGGGACAAUGAAGUGCGUGAUAUCGAUCAGGAUGCGGUACUGGACGAGUUGUUGGAAGUGGCCGAACGUCGAGUGUAUGAAUGCACCUAUCACAUUAUCUUAUUUCUGAUGGAAACUGAACGUUACGUGGAGGCGCUAAUGAUCGCACGACCAUUAUACUCUAAACUCAAAGAUUCUCGACCGUACCGAGUGGCUCCGUUAGAUCCGACCAAAGAGACGGAUCCCGAAUGGAUGAAACAUGCCCAAUUGCUGGUUCAGGCAGUCGCAGAAAAAAUGUGCGCAUGCACCCUGCAAAUGUUUGAAACGGACAAAGGCUUCGAUACCGAUGCAGAUAUCUCAUUUGCAUUGUUGGAAGCAUUGGAGUUUGCAACAGAAUGUGAGUAUCCGGAAAUAAGUUAA